UUGAGGAGACCUCGAAACUUUCUUGCAACUUUUAAAUUCUUGUUUUUCUAGUUUUCCUGACUUUGAAUAAUCGUUUGGUGCAAGUAGUUCUAUAAUAGACAUAGUGUUUAAGUGAAAAAAUGUGUGGAGUUUUGGCGUUCACGCAGUUUUGCCUGUGAAAAGUUACGUAUGAUGGUGCCUCAACAACAGCGGCGAAGACGUCGCAGGGCAGCUUUAUCUAGAACUGCGGAGCGGCGAGUUGUGGUUGUAAGAGGCGCUGGUGGGUUUGGGUUCACUAUAGCGGGGCAAAGGCCUUGCGUCGUGUCUGCAGUAGCUGCAAAUGGGCCGGCGGAGCGGGCUGGGUUACGUGCUGGAGACGCGUUACUUGCAGUGGAUGGAGCGAGCGUAGCUAGGGCUCCUCAUGCCUCGGUAGCGCGGCUAGUCGCAUCAGCACCUGGGCCGAUAGCGUUGAGCGUGGCGCCAAGAGAGUCCCCGCCUACUGAUACUGAGGACACAGAGCCCGAAGAGAGGGCUAGGACUCGAAGGAGGUACCCGCCGCCUCGUCGGAGGCCCCAGCCGGCUAUGCUGCAUCAUCCAGGUUGUCACGCAGCGCCAAGUACUUCCGGAGUUAAUGAGAUUCUUCAAAACUUAAGUCGAGCUCAGCUUACCCCGAACCACCUUGCACGUCUUGAAUGCCGCGCUGUAGUUGGAUACCUGGGCACUAUAGAAACACCCCAAGCGGCUCCUAACGCUGCUCCGGGCAACGUGAGGAAUGCUGUAAGAAAGUUAAGACAGGAAAGAAGGACGGCUGCACCUGUAUUGCUAUCUGUUCUUCCUAACGCGCUGCUUCUACGCCGUUCGAACGCCCAAAUACUUGCUCAAUAUCAAAGAGAGAGGAUACUGUAUGCUGGGUGCGGAUCCGAUGCUGAUAGACGAUUUUUUGGACUAGUAACGGCUGCUGAAAUUACCGAUUUAGAAGUUGAAGCAUCACACAGUUGCCACGUCUUCGCCGUAGACCCAAGAAUGGCGGAACAUGACGUCCACAUCACAAGAGCGCGAGAGUUCCAAAUCGCUUGCACUAGAGACCCAGUUGCGGAGAGAUGUCUGGAGUUCCCACCUUCCGCGGAAUAUGUCGUAGGCGUGGUAAGAGGAAUGUAUUCCUUGCCACCGGAUGACUGUUCUAGUCCUUCUAUACAGCAGAUAUCGAAACUAGCCAUUAAAAGCGACAGCCCAGCACUUGGCAACUUCUCCAGGUGUAACAGACCAGUGUUCCGCGCCCCUAGAGACCGUAGAGCCUGCAGACACGAAGAAGCUAGAGUAGACCCACCGGAUUUCGUCGCGAACUCCCCACAACCAAGCAACCAUAGUGAAGUGACAACCACGUCGAGUAACAGUGAUUCUGGUAUCGGUUUUCACAACGACUGUCGGAACAUCGCAGAUAGGAUAUUGGUUGUUGAUUUCGCUGGACAGCAGCCGGCGCCGGGUCGGUUCCGGCAAGAAAUACCUCGAAGACCUAUGGGUCUAGUCGGAUGUAGCAGUUUCGACGCCGAUGGAACGUUCCUCUCCAACACCACUCCAGUAGUAGACGGUUUUGGUGGUCAAGGCAGACCCUUAAAUUUGGACGAUGUAAUCCUCAACGCGAACGAUUUACCACGCCACGUCAGUUUAAGAAACGAUGAAGAUACCUACAACUACAAUAACAUUUAUGGCAACGUUCCAUCCGGUUCUAGAAGUUUCAACGGUGCGGUCUACGACCAAGUUUACACUGAAAAUGAGGGGCAUUACGAGUUCAUUCCGCCCCAAUUGGAAAUGGAUGAGGUAGACAGAGUUGCGGAAACAUUUAACUCCGUGGAAAUCUACGAGGAAAGACAGCGUCGUUUCGAUUACCAAUCCAACGAGUCUGUGGAAAAUGUUACCGUUAUUUCUGGUACAAGUAAAGCGAGUGUGGAUUCAGUAUCGGUUUACUCGUCCCGGAGUCACGAGGAGGCCAGGCCGUCUAGACGACGGCACUUGCAAGCCUCGUUGGACGACAUGCUGGUCAUAGGACUAAGAGAUCCACCUCCCCAAAGAAAUAAAGAUGAUGAUAAAUUCCUGCACCCGGGGAGUGUUAAAUGCAAGGUCCGCAAAUCUCGACCGCUGAACAUUCUCUCCAAGACUAGAUACAUGCUCACUGGGAAGACAGAUCGGGAGAAGAAAGAGAGAGAAGAGAAAUCGGAGAGACGGAGAGCUAUCAGCGCCAGUGCCGGGGACGUGUCCGGGGUCGGGGAGGGCUUAGCCGCUGAAGGAGUGCCACUCGCAGCCAGCGAGCCCGACCUGAGAGAUUCACAGAGCGAACAGACGUCGCCGUUCCGCCGUUGGACGACAGGCAGUGGCGCCGGCUCCUCCUACCGCCAUCACGAAAACCGCGGCAUCUACAACAAGCAAAUGAGUGAGGGCACGCCUCCGUUGGCGCCCAGCAACAACGGCAGCUGCGGUGGCGUUGCGCGCUGGUCACUAGGACUUGAGCAGCUGCUGGCGGACCCCUCCGGCGCCGCGGCCUUCGCGCACUUCCUGGCGCAGGAAUUCGCCGCCGAGAACAUUCGGUUCUGGUGGGCAUGCGAGCAGUACAGGACCUGCGAGGAUGAUGACAGGAGGUCGGCGCUGGCAGCUGAGAUCUGGCAGACGCACCUAGCCGAGGGUGCCUCGGAGCCCGUCAACGUGGACGCAGCUCCGAAACGCGCGGCGGCGCAACGUUUGCACCAGGUUCCUCCGCCCCAGGAUCUGUUCCUACAGGCACAGAAGCACAUCUUCAACGUGAUGAAGUUCGACAGCUACCCGCGCUUCCUGCGCUCCGAAGUGCAUGCGAAGUGCGCACGCGCAGACCUGCGCGGCCUGUCGCCCCCCUACACGCCGCAGUCGCCCCACCCCGAUACCCCCAAGUUGAAGAAGUCGGCGUCCAACGCGUCCGACAGGCGGCGCAGCGGCGCGUCUCUGUUGCCGUGGAAGGCCCGCGCCGCUUCCCGGGACCGCACAAACUCAGCCAAUUACGCCAACUCCGCCAACUCCGCCAUCUCCGCCGCUGAAGAAAACGAAGCGGUGAAGUCGAGUCAGACAGCGAACGGACAGUGUCUGUGGUCGGGUAACGCGGCUCUGUGUCGCGUGGUGUUGCCCGACGGUGCAACCUCGGUGGUGGGUGUGUCGCCCGACGUGACCGUGCGCCGCCUGGUGGACCGCCUGUUGCAGCGGCGCAACCUGGUGUGCACCACCUACGAUGUCAUUGUCAAGGACACCAAUCAGGGCUCGUCGCGCGCGGUGGACGCGGGGCUGGCGUCCACGGCGCUGGGCGGGCGCUGCGCGGCGGUGGAGCGGCGCUGCGUGGUGCGCGUGCAGGUGGCGGGGCGCGCCGUGGCCGUGCGCUGCCGGCCCGCGCGCCGCCUGCGCCACGUGCUGCGCCCCGUGCUGCAGCGCUACUGCCCGCCGCGCAGCGCGCACCACACGGCGCUGCUCGGCGCCACGCCGCUGCACCCCGACACGCUCGUGCAGGAGUUGGACGGUGCUCGCAUUCAAAUAGUGGAAGUGUCGAACGCGGCCGGCGUGCCGCCGUCCGCCGUGCUCGUCACUCCCGAGGCGAGGGAGCGAGACGACGACACCGACUCGCUGAGCGAUGUGGCCUUGAGGAUACACGACGACAAUAACGACGACGCGCAGAGCACCAGUCGAAGCAGUGUGUCCAGCACUUCCAGUAUUUCCGCCGACGGGGGGCAAAGCGCCCGCGUGCGAGCGGCACUCCGCCCCGGGCACCCGUUGCAUCACCACCCACCAGAUUUCCUAGAUAACCUGCGUGAAACGCAAAGACAAAGGCUGCAGCCGCGGACCCCCCCACCACUCCCCCCCAAACCGCCUCAACGAUCUGCGCCCACCGUCGUCUGA